AUGGCUCGUAGCGAUGAUCGUAGGCGUGACACGGUGAUUGACAUAGGGAAGCCGGCGAAUUUCACAGGGGGGCUUGAAUUUUCCGCCCUUACGUAUACCGUGACAAAGAAAAGCAAGAAUGAGGAGGGGAAAUGGUUCAAGCAUGAGGUGGACUUAUUGCACCAGAUCACAGGGUUUGCACCAAAAGGGUGCAUCACAGCUGUGAUGGGUCCUAGUGGAGCUGGGAAGUCUACCUUCUUGGAUGGAUUGGCAGGGAGAAUAGCAAGUGGGAGUCUUCAGGGCAAAGUGUCCAUGGAUGGCAAGGAAAUGAACCCAAGCUUGAUUAAAAGGACCUCGGCUUAUAUUAUGCAGGAUGAUAGGCUGUUUCCAGCUCUUACAGUUUAUGAGACUUUCAUGUUUGCUGCUGAUUUGAGGUUGGGUCCAGUUUCAGUUACUGAUAAAAAGCAGCGAGUCGAAAAGCUGAUUCAACAGCUUGGAUUAUCUUCUGCUCGAAACACCUUCAUAGGUGAUGAGGGAACCCGAGGAGUGUCCGGUGGAGAGCGUCGCAGAGUUUCGAUUGGUGUGGACAUCAUCCAUGGACCAUCACUCCUCUUCCUUGACGAACCAACUUCCGGCCUAGACUCCACCAGUGCUCAUAGUGUCAUUGAAAAGGUACACCACAUUGCACGUUCUGGAAGCACUGUGAUCCUCACCAUUCACCAACCCUCAUCCAGAAUUCAAUUGCUUCUGGACCAUCUGAUCAUCCUAGCUCGAGGGCAGCUCAUGUACCAAGGAUCACCAAAAGAUGUGGCCAUCCACCUUGGUCGAAUGGGGCGCAAAGUACACAAGGAAGAGAGUCCUAUUGAGUACCUCAUUGAUGUGAUUCAGCAAUAUGAUCAGUCUGAACUUGGGGUCGAGGCACUAGCCGAAUUUGCACGUACUGGUAUAAAACCCCCUCUCUUAGUUGACGGGGACGUCUCAUUUGCGACUAUUCUCCCAACCCCCACACCACCGCGCCAUGGUGGGCAUGGGCAUCAUGGUGAAGGCCAUGAGGACAAAGGAAGGUCUGGAAAGCGCUUGCCUUUACAAACCAGCACACAUAUAGCCAAUGAUUUUGAUCACAGUGUGAGAAGUCCUUAUAACACUAAUUCAAGGUCAUGGACUCCUACCCAUAGUGGAGUAAUGCAAAAACUGCACAGCUUUACCCCUUCAAGGCAACGCGCAGACCAAAAGAUGCAAAGCCCCAUGAGUGCAUCCCCUGGCUACAACUAUUCAAGUGAGAUUCUUCCAAGCACACCAACACCCCACAGCAGUGACUACACGGUGAAUGAAAAUGAUUACCUGACCCCAGAUAUUGGUCCAAACACCAAAUCAUACCACCACCUUGGCCCCAAAUUCGCCAACUCCUUCUUCCCCGAGACUUGGAUCCUAAUGAGGCGAAACUUCAUCAACAUCAGGCGCACGCCAGAGCUCUUCCUCUCAAGACUAGUGGUCCUCACAUUCAUGGGAUUCUUGAUGGCCACCAUGUUCAAAAACCCACCACAAAGCAGUCAAGGCAUCACUAAUCGCCUCAGUUUCUUCAUCUUCACUGUCUGCCUUUUCUUCUUCUCAUCCAAUGAUGCUGUACCUGCCUUCAUCCAAGAGCGCUUCAUCUUCGUCCGCGAGACUGCCCACAAUGCCUACAGAGCCUCCUCAUACACAAUUGCAGGCCUAAUCACAUACCUCCCCUUUCUUGCAUUGCAAGCAAGUGUCUACGCAGGCAUUGUUUGGUUUGCUCUGGGGCUUAGAGGACCCUUCCUAUACUUCUUGGUGGUUCUCUAUGUCUCUCUUCUCUCCACUAAUUCAUUUGUGGUGUUUGUCAGCUCAGUUGUGCCUAAUUACAUCUUGGGCUACGCGGCAGUCAUUGCCUUCACUGCCCUCUUCUUCUUGUUCUGUGGCUACUUCUUGAACAGCCAUGACAUCCCCCAAGGUUGGAAAUGGAUGAACCAUGUCUCCACCAUGACAUAUCCAUACGAAGGGCUUAUUAUCAACCAAUAUCAAACCAACGACAAGUUCGGAAACAACACCGAUGGCACCAGCAUAACUGGUUUCGACAUCUUGGAAGGUCUACGCAUCAAUUAUGGCAAACCCCACUCUCUUUCUGGAGCAAAGAAGUGGGAGAAGGUGUUCAUAAUGUUGGGCAUGACUGUUCUAUAUAGGAUUUUGUUUUACUUAGUCAUUCGUUUCGCGUCCAAGAACCAAAGGACGUAG